GAUUGGUGGAGGUGAGAUGGCGGCGUUGCGGGGCUCGGCGGGGCUCCGGGGGCUCCGGAGGCUGUCGGCGCUCCCGCGCCGGGCCUACUCCGUCCUGCCGGUCGACGACGCCGUCAACGGGCUGAGCGACGAGCAGAGACAGCUCCGGCAGACCAUGGUCAAGUUUCUCCAGGAGCACUUGGCCCCCAAGGCCCAGGAGAUCGACCGGAACAAUGAGUUCAAGAGCAUGCGGGAGUUCUGGAGGCAGCUGGGAAACCUGGGCGUGUUGGGCAUCACUGCCCCUGCUCCCUUCGGCGGCUCCGGCCUGGGCUACCUGGACCACGUGCUGGUGAUGGAGGAGAUAUCGCGGGUCUCGGCCGCCGUGGGGCUGAGCUACGGCGCCCACUCCAACCUGUGCAUCAACCAGCUGGUGCGCAACGGCAACGAGGCCCAGAAGGAGAAAUACCUCCCCAAGCUGAUCAAUGGGGAGCACAUUGGAGCCCUGGCCAUGAGCGAGCCCAACUCCGGUUCUGACGUGGUCUCCAUGCGGCUCAAAGCUGAGAAGGAAGGGGACUUCUACGUCCUGAACGGAACCAAGUUCUGGAUCACCAACGGGCCCGACGCGGAUGUGCUCAUCGUCUACGCCAAGACCGACCUGGGGGCUGUGCCCGCCUCCCGGGGCAUCACGGCCUUCAUCGUGGAGAAGGGCACGCCGGGCUUCAGCACGUCCAAGAAACUGGACAAGCUGGGCAUGAGGGGUUCUAACACCUGCGAGCUUGUCUUCGAGAACUGCAGGGUUCCUGCCUCCAACAUCUUGGGGCAUCUGAGCAAGGGGGUGUACGUGCUGAUGAGCGGCCUCGAUCUGGAGCGGCUGGUGCUGUCCGGAGGUCCUUUAGGGAUCAUGCAGGCCGUCCUGGACCACGCCGUCCCCUACCUGCAUGUGCGCGAGGCCUUCGGCCAAAAGAUCGGCCACUUCCAGCUGAUGCAGGGGAAGAUGGCAGACAUGUACACCCGCCUCAUGGCCUGCCGGCAGUACGUCUACAACGUGGCCAGAGCCUGUGACCAGGGGCACUGCACUGCUAAGGAUUGUGCCGGUGUCAUCCUCUAUGCAGCCGAGUCAGCCACGCAGGUGGCCCUGGAUGGCAUCCAGUGCCUGGGUGGCAACGGCUACAUCAAUGACUUCCCUAUGGGUCGUUUCCUCCGCGACGCCAAGCUGUACGAGAUCGGGGCCGGGACCAGCGAGGUCCGGCGGCUGGUCAUCGGCCGGGCCUUCAACGCGGCCUUUCAGUGACCCCGGCCGCGCCGGUCCACCCCAGCACCCGGAGGCCUUCAGAGGGGAACGCUGGACGGGGCCAGCCUCUGCCCUUCAUGUUUCUGUUUCCCUCCACCUCCCCCUCCUCUCUGCCCCUUCGCUCCCUCUGUAGUGAGCGGGUUCCCGCUGAGGCCACCGGGUCUCCCCGGCUGUGCCGACCAAGGCCGGGGAGGAGGAGGUGGCGGUUGUCCUGUUUCCCGGCCCGCAGGUCCACCCCUCCUCCGUUUCACUUCUGGAGAGAGAUUAGAUGUCCGUGCCCUCCGCUGCCCACCCCGACUCGGGUGGCGAUGGGCCUGGAUCUCGCGCCCCAGCACUGGCUGCUGGGAUUUCUUCUUGGGGGCAAGAAAUGGGUCUGUCCAGGAGCCGGCUCGCACCAGGGCAACUGCAGCCAGGGCACCCCCGGGGCCGAAAAGUCUCAUCUCUGCUGCUGCCCCCUCUUGUCCGAGUGCCCUUCCUCCUCCACACCCCCCAAUCCACAGCUGCACUCCACUUGUGCACAAAUAUAGACACGCUCGAUCACACACGUGGCCCUCGCGUGCCCGGGCUGCGGGCCUUCCCCGCUGGCCCAGCUGCACCCGCUGCAGCCCAUCCCCCGCCAGCCCGCCGGGUUGCUGUAUUGAUGGUGGCCGCUCUGCCCUCCUCCUCCCCACCUCCAGGACUUUGGGAAUUGCCCCAGGGUGGUGCCCCCCUGUUGUUUUUUCCUCUUCUCUGCCUGCCCUGCCCUUCCUCCGCUAGCCUUUUCAGUAACACUUUGGCCCCGGAGAGGGUCAGCUCCUUCUGUGGGUCAGUCCCCGGUGACCGCUGGACCGCGCACCCCCUGUCCUCACUCCGGCCCUGGCUGGGCAGUUUCAGGGGGGCAGUUGUUGCAACAGGUGUGGACCCUGGAGCUCAGCCGGCUCCAAGCCGGCUCUGCCCCCCAGCCCCCUCUCUCCCCUCCCCCAGCUUCCAUCUCUUCCCCCCCACCCCCACUCCUGCAGAGCCUCGGCCGGUUCUGGGUGACCUUUAGCAGGACAGGCUUCGCCUCCCCCGGACUCCUGGGGCCCACGGGGCCGCCUCGCCCGUCCCGGGAGCUGGGAGUAGCGGAGGCCUCGCGUCCGGACCACCCUGUCCCUACCACCCAGGCGGGCUCUGCCAUUUUGUACCAGCCAAAUAAAUCUGCAUUUAAAGAA